GGAGCGGAGCUUGGUGAAUGGGCGUCUGCGAGCCGUCGGCUCGGUGACGUCAGGCACCCGCUGGAAGCCCGUAAAUCGGAGCUCACAACCGGCUGCGGAGGGCGGCGAGAGUGCGGCGCAACUUGUCGACGCGUCCACGAGAAACGGGAAAUAAUCGCCCCCCUUUUUAAGUUAUCGUGCGGGGAGAGUCUUGCGUUUCGCCCCGGGAGCUGGGGGCCAGGUCUGCGACACUCCGGAGAUGGAUAGACUUUUAACUUGUUUCUUGGCUGCCUUCAGUUUGCUGGUCUCCGUUAGAGGACAGGCUUUUAAAGGUGACUGCGACUUUGAGAAGUCUUACACCACGUGUGGAUAUAGCCAAAGCAAAGAUGACGACUUCGACUGGGAGCAGGCCAACACCAAAGAGCGGCCGUCAUCCGACCCCUGGAUGCCUUCAGGAUCCGCCUUCAUGAUGGUGAACGCCUCCGGCCGGUCAGCGGGACAGAAGGCCCACCUCCUGAUGCCCCAGCUGCGCGAGAAUGACACCCACUGCCUCAUCUUGCAGUACUUCGUGUCAGGCUGGGAGGGCACCGUGCCGGGCCAGCUCAACAUCUACGUCAAGGAGAACAACAGCCCGCUGGGCUUCCCCGUGUGGAACUCCUCGGGACCAGCCUCUCGGACCUGGGGCCAGCUCGAGCUGGCUGUCAGCACCUUCUGGCCCAAGUUCUACCAGGUCGUGUUUGAAGUGGUGACCUCGGGGAAGCGGGGCCUGCUCGCCAUCAAGGACAUCAUCCUCCAGGGCCACCAAUGCAUGAACACGCCUCAUUUCCUGAACAUGAAGGGUGUGGAGGUCAAUGCGGGCCAGAGCGCCACCUUCCAGUGCACCGUCAUCGGGCGCCAUCAGGACAGCUACCGGCUCUGGCUGCAGGGCAUCGGCGGUCGGGAGGCGCCAAUGAAGUCGACGAAGCCCUGGAACAACCGCAAAUUCAUCGUGAUGUUUGACGUGGAGAAUACCACCAAGGGCGACUCGGGCCGCUACCGUUGUGCUGUGCACUCGGGCCGCGGAGUCGGGGUGUCCAGUUACAGCGAACUGACCGUCAAGCAGCCCCCGGUGCCCAUCGCACCGCCCCAGCUCACAGCCGUGGGCGCCACCUACCUGUGGAUUCAGCUCAACGCCAAUUCCAUCAACGGCGACGGGCCCAUCAUCGACAGGGAGGUGGAGUACCGCACCAUUUCAGGCAGCAUGUAUGACAUGCAGCCUGUAGACCAGCCUACCCACAAGAUCAGCCACCUGGACCCUGACACGGAGUACGAGAUCAGCGUCCUGCUGACCCGGCCCCUGGAGGGGGGGACUGGGGCUCCAGGCCCCCCGCUCAGAGCCAGGACCAAGUGUGCCAAGCCAAUGCACGGGCCCAAGAAGCUAGAGGUGGUGGACAUCCAGUCCAAGCAGGUGACCCUGCGCUGGGAGGCCUUCGGGUACAAUGUGACGCGCUGCCACAGCUACAACCUGACGGUGCAGUACCGCUACCGCAUCGGUGCCAAGGAGGAGACGCGCGAGGAGGUGUGCUAUGACACGCGGAGCCCCGCCCCCCAGCACAGCAUGCGCAACCUGCCGCCCUACACCAACAUCAGCGUGUGGCUGGUGCUGCGCAACCCGGAGGGCGUCCGCGAGAGCCUUGAGCUGGCGUUCCAGACGGAUGAGGAUGUCCCAGGAGCAGUGUCACUGGACUCCAUUCAGAGCAGCACCUAUGAGGAGAAGAUCGCCCUCCGGUGGCGGGAGCCUGCGCAAACGUACGGCAUCAUCACGCAGUACGAGAUCUCCUACAAAGCCGUCAGUUCUUUUGACCCCGAGCUCAACCUGUCUAAUCAGAGUGGAAAGGUGUUCAAGCUCAGCAAUGAGACCUCCCACAUGUUCCUCGGCCUUUACCCAGGCUCCACCUACGCCUUCACCAUCAGAGCCAGCACCGUCAAAGGCUACGGGCCGCCGGUGACGACCCAGUGCACUACCAAGAUCUCCGCUCCCAGCAUGCCCGGCUACGAUCAGGAGACACCUCUGAAUCAGACGGACAGCACGGUGACAGUCAUGCUGAAGCCGGCUCAGAGCCGCGGGGCGCCAGUCAGCGUAUACCAGGUGGUGGUGGAAGACGAGCGGCCUCGCCGGGCCCGGAGCUCGCCGGAGAUCCUGCGUUGCUACCCGGUUCCCAUCCACUUCCAGAACGCCACACUGCUCAACUCUCCCUACUACUUCACGGCCGAGAUCCCGGCCGGGGGUCUCCAGAUGCCCCUGCCCUUCAGCAUCGGAGACAACCGGACCUACAACGGCUACUGGAACGCUCCACUGUUGCCCCACAAGAGCUACAGCAUCUACUACCAGGCUGUCAGCAGUGCCAACGGGGAGACCAAGAUUGACUGUGUACGCGUGGCCACCAAAGCUGCCAUCAUAGUGACCCAGCUCACCACACCCUACAAUCGCAUCGCCCCGGCGGCUGGUGAAAACCAACUAACAGGGGCCGCCACACGCAAGCCAGAUGCGGUGGAGCCAGAGAAGCAGUCGGACCACACGGUGAAAAUCGCAGGGGCCAUUGCCGGCAUCCUUCUCUUCGUAAUUAUCUUUUUGGGGGUGGUGCUGAUCAUGAAGAAAAGAAGAACCUAUCACUCCUACACUUACUACCUGAAGCUGGCGAAGAAGCGGAAGGAGACGCUGAGCAGCACACGGCAGGAGAUGACGGUGAUGGUCAACUCGAUGGACAAGAGCUACACGGAGCAGGGCACCAACUGCGACGAGGCAUUCUCCUUCAUGGACACACACAACAUCAACGGCAGGGCUGUGUCCUCCCCGUCAUCAUUCACUCUGAAGACUAACACACUUAGCACCACUGUUCCCAACUCCUACUACCCAGAUCCUCCCUUUGUGCCAACCGCUAUUUUAGUGCCAAUUAAUGACGAGGCCCAGACGAUGGCGAGCGACACCAGCAGCCUGGCGCAGUCGUACAAGAAGCGGGAGGUGGCGGACGUGCCCUACCAGACGGGCCAGCUGCAUCCUGCCAUCCGCGUGGCCGACCUGCUGCAGCACAUCACUCAGAUGAAAUGCGCCGAGGGCUACGGCUUCAAGGAGGAGUAUGAGAGUUUUUUUGAAGGACAGUCUGCGCCGUGGGACUCCGCUAAGAAAGAUGAGAACAGGAUGAAGAAUCGAUAUGGAAACAUCAUCGCGUAUGAUCAUUCCCGUGUCAGACUUCAGCCCCUGGAGGGCGAGCAGAGCUCGGAUUACAUUAAUGCAAAUUACGUUGAUGGCUACCACAGACCGAACCACUACAUUGCCACCCAAGGACCCAUGCAGGAAACCGUCAUUGAUUUCUGGAGAAUGGUGUGGCAGGAGAACACAGCCACCAUCGUCAUGGUCACCAACCUGGUGGAGGUGGGAAGGGUGAAGUGCUGUAAGUACUGGCCUGAUGACACAGAGAUCUACAGGGACAUGAAGGUGACGCUCAUCGAGACCCAACUGCUGUCAGAAUACGUCAUCCGGACAUUCGCUGUGGAGAAGAGGGGCGCCCAUGAGAUUCGGGAGAUACGGCAGUUCCACUUCACAGGCUGGCCGGACCACGGGGUGCCGUAUCAUGCCACUGGGCUCCUGGGCUUCAUACGGAGGGUGAAAGCCAAGAACCCAGCCAACGCUGGGCCUAUGGUGAUCCACUGCAGUGCCGGGGCGGGCCGGACCGGCUGCUUCAUCGUCAUCGACAUCAUGCUGGACAUGGCUGAGAGGGAGGGUGUGGUCGACAUCUACAACUGCGUGCGGGAGUUGCGCUCCAGGAGGGUCAACAUGGUGCAGACGGAGGAGCAAUAUGUGUUCAUCCACGACGCCAUACUGGAAGCCUGCCUGUGUGGAGACACCACCAUCCCUGCCAGCCAGCUGCGUUCGGUCUACUACGACAUGAACCGUCUGGACCCGCAGACCAACUCCAGCCAGAUCAAGGAGGAGUUCCGGACGCUGAACAUGGUGACCCCCACACUGCGGGUUGAGGACUGCAGCAUCGCCCUGCUGCCACGUAACCACGAGAAAAACCGCUGCAUGGACGUGCUGCCCCCCGACCGCUGCCUGCCCUUCCUCAUCACCAUCGACGGCGAGAGCAGCAACUACAUCAACGCCGCGCUCAUGGAUAGCUACAAGCAGCCAUCUGCCUUCAUCGUCACUCAGCAUCCCCUCCCCAACACAGUGAAGGACUUCUGGAGGCUGGUGUUGGACUACCACUGCACCUCCAUGGUCAUGCUGAAUGACGUGGAUCCAGCUCAGCUCUGUCCUCAAUACUGGCCAGAGAAUGGGGUUCAUCGACACGGCCCCAUUCAGGUAGAGUUUGUGUCCGCGGACCUGGAGGAGGACAUUAUCAGUAGGAUAUUCCGGAUCUACAACGCUGCACGGCCCCAGGAUGGCUACCGCAUGGUGCAGCAGUUCCAGUUCCUGGGCUGGCCCAUGUACCGCGACACGCCCGUCUCCAAGCGCUCCUUCCUCAAGCUCAUCCGCCAGGUGGAGAAGUGGCAGGAGGAGUACGAUGGAGGCGAGGGCCGCACCGUGGUGCACUGCCUGAACGGGGGAGGCCGCAGCGGCACAUUCUGUGCCAUCAGCAUAGUCUGCGAGAUGCUACGUCACCAGCGCUCGGUGGAUGUGUUCCACGCCGUCAAAACGUUGAGGAACAACAAGCCCAACAUGGUGGACCUGCUGGAUCAGUACAAGUUCUGCUACGAGGUCGCACUGGAAUACUUGAAUUCUGGUUAAAGGGCCUGGACACUGCUUCCUGGAUGGGGGCAGGACCCAGGGGACACUUGUAUGGACUGGCUUCUUUCGGUGACGGCUACCCGGGGAAGGGGGGGGGCGUUCUGUCCCUCCAUUUGUAUUUACCCACCCACCCCAUCAUCCAGCAGCAGGAGCACAGUGUUUAUGAGUUAUUUGUCCAACUCAUACUUAAAACAAAAAACAAAAAAAAAAACACUCUUCUUGCCUGUGACUUUGGUCGUUGCCUUUGUCCUCAGUGGAUGAAACGCCUGAUUUUUUUAAAACCUUUUUUUUGUGGGGAAUGCAGUGUAGUCUAAUGUGUGCAUUUGUCUACUUGGUUAUUGUGUUUCCUUGACACGAGCAGUAUGAUGUAGCUGAAGUUACCUGGUAAAGAAUCCGGAACCCUAGAUGUUUUGUGUCGUGCUGUAAUCUCUACAAGUGUCGUCCCAUCACGCGAGAAGCCCCCACCCCCACUGGCGGCACUGGGAGGGGGGGGGGGUCCAGAUCCUGCUCAAGCUGUGUUCCAUCCAGAGAUCCAAAGUCAAUCUCUCUUUUUUUUUAAAUGUUAAACGCUCCAGUUUCUGUCACCAUUUGUUUAUACUGUAAAUAGUUUGAGUUCUGUAGAUUAUUUAUUCAUUCGGAGUACCUUUUGUGAAGCACAUUGAGUGACAAUCAUGUAUUUUGGUUUGAUUUGUUGAACAGAUAUUGUUAGCUUUUUGUUUAUCUUGUAUGGAAUUUACAAAUACAUAUAUAUCUGCCAUUAUUGGUGUUUUGAGCUAUUUCCUCAAUAAAAAAAAUAUUUUAAAUAA